AUGACGGAGCACGACAUGGCAGAGCGGGAAUGGACAAGUCCGGAGCAGACUGGUCCCCCUCCCCUCCCCCCUGACCUCGAACGCCGCGUGUUCUGGCGCGUCAUCCCCCUGCUCUUUGCCAUCGCAUACACCUCUCAGCUCGACAGGACCAACCUCGCCUUCGCGGCCCUGCAGCUGGAUGCAGACCUGGGCUUCUCGCGGACUGUGCACGGCCUUGGAUCAGGCACCCCUCGCCUGCUAAGCCUCUUCUUCAUCGGCUACCUGGCGCAGCUGCCGGCCAACGUGGCCUGCCUGACCUUUGGCGUGCGUCGCUGGCUGUCCUGCAUCCUGCUGGUCUGGGCCGUCGUGGCGGGGCUGGGCGCCGCCAUCCGCACCCGCGCCCACUUCCUCGUGCUGCGCUUCCUCCUGGGCCUGGCCGAGGCGGGCACCUUCCCCGCCAUCUACUUCCAGCUGGCCCGGUUCUACGACGCAGACGGGCUGGGCCUGGCCUACACCUGGGUGGCGACGGCUACCGCGGUGGCGGGCCUGACCGGCGCCCCGCUGGCGGCCGGCCUGCUGGCCCUGGACGGCCGCGGCGGGCUGCGCGGCUGGCAGUGGCUCUUCCUGUUGGAAGCGGUCCCCGCCUGCCUCCUCUCAGUCGCGGUGGCCCUGGCCCUGCCCUCCCCCGCCGACGCUGGCUGGCUGUCGGCAGGGGAGCGGUCCGCGCUCCGAACGCGGGUGCGCUGGGCACAGGCAGGGCAGGGCGCACUGGAGCUGGUGCCACGCGAGGCUGCCGUCGCCGGGGCGGGGGCACACGACGCCGAGGCCCCGGCGUCCGAGGACCGCGCCGACGAACUGCCCCUGCUGGCGUCGGAUGGGGGACCCCGGCGUGGUUCUGCGCCGGUCAAGACUCAGGGCAAUGAGGUGGGCGGCGUUGGCGACGAAAACGGCAGUCGGGCGGGCACGGCGGCCGCGCUGCGCGCCGCACUGCGCGACGUGAGGCUGUGGUGGCUGGGGGGCAUCCUGCUCCUGGUGGACGCCGCCAUGAACGCGGUCAACUUCUGGCUGCCCCAGAUCAUCCGCGCCUCGCUCAGGGCCGGCAUAGUGAAUGGGGACGAGGGAGGCGAGGCGGGCGCCGAAGCGACCUCCCGGCAGCAGCGGCUCGACGUCAAGGCAUCGCUCCUGGCGGGGCUGCCCUUCGCGGUGGCUGGCGUGGGCAUGGUGCUGAAUGCGCAGCAUGCACAGCGGCGCCACGAGCGGCGGCUGCACACCGCCGUCCCCCUCGUCGCGGCGGCGGGCGCCCUGGGGCUACUCCCGCUGACAGCCCUCCUGCUGGGCACGGCUGGCACCGUGGCCGCCCUCACGGCCGGGGCCGCCGGCAUCUGGGCGGUCCAUGGCCCCUUCUACUCCUGGCCGUCUGCCUUCCUGGACGCGCAGACCGCGUCCCUGGGCUUUGCGCUGGUCAAAUCGCUGGGCGCUCUGGGCGGCUUCUGCGGGCCGCUGGUCGUGGGCGUCCUGGCGGAUGCCGAGGGCGGCGAUUUCGCGGGCGGUGCCUUCUUCCUGGCCGCCGUCGCGCUGCUUGGAGCGGGCAUGACUCUGGGUGAGAGAGGCUGCCGGGACUGUCCCUGA